AUGGAUGAGAAGCCGCGGUUGAUAGAGCACACGUCGGCAUGCCGUGGUACAGCCGAUGUACUCAUUCUUUCCGGUUUCCCAUGGUACGUCACAGAGGGGCAGGUACGGAAGUAUCUGACGGAAAUUCAUCCGUCAAACAUUGCCCCACUGACGGUUCGUCUUUACACCAACCCAGCUAAUGGCAGCAGUAGAGGCAUUUGCUUCGUCGAGUACUGUCCCAAACAAUCUAAUACCGGCGGUGCCUCACAAGGCAUCAAAAAUGAGUUUCCAGAGCGGAAACAAAAGGGAGAGGCAGAGGAUAUAGCGGCAUUAAUGAAACUCCGCAUCGAAGCCACGGCAUAUGAAAGGCACUACAUCAGAGUCCUCUUGUAUCGCUUAACAAACAGGAACUGGGAUAGAGGAGGGCGACUUCCAGAUUUACCAACGGAUCCACCACCUCUUGCCACCUCGCGAGGUGGUGUUCUUGAAGGUUAUGGCGAUGAGGGUUUUACCGUUCGAUGCUCGGCUUUGUUAGGUCUAGCGAAUACCGUUACUCCAAAUGGUAUAGCAAGUAUGCAAACUUUGCGCAAACGAUUUCGGGAGGAGGCGGCAAAGGCUGCUAUGCCCAACAAGUCAGACGAAGGUUACCCAGGAUCGUCUGCUGCUCGCCAAUGA